AUGGAUUCACAUAAUAUAACAAAUAUUAAUUACGAUGAAAGUAAUAAUGAAAUAACAAAAAAAAAACACUGUGUGAAAUCAUACAAUUGGAAUGAGCCACCAUUACCAAAACCACCAGUACCAUCAUUAGAACAUUCUUUCAAAAGGUAUUUAGAAUAUGCUUCAGUUAUUUGUGAAUGCCAAAAUGAUCUUGAUUUUGAACAAACAAAAGCAGCUGUCAAAGAAUUUUUUCCAAAUGCAGUUGAGUUACAAAAAAAAUUAUUAAGUAUGGCUGAAAAAUGUGAUAAUUGGAUUAAUAAAUUUUGGUUACCUGAAAUGUAUUUAAGACCUAGGUAUCCAUUACCCCUUUAUUCUAAUCCAGCAUAUAUAUUUCCUCAACAAAAAUUUAAUUCAACUGAUGAACAAUUAAAUUUUGCAGCAUGGUUAAUUAGAGGUUUUGAAGAUUAUAAAUUAAUGAUUGAUAAUCAACAAUUUCCUAGAGAAAUAUCAGCUGGUGUUGAGAAAAUUCCUGUAUGUAUGGAACAAUAUAAAAGAAUACUAUCAUGUUAUAGAGAACCUAAUUAUGAUUGUGAUAAUUUUUAUUAUAGAAGAGAAAAUCCUACUUAUUAUAAUGAGGAUGGUGAUAGCCAUAUAAUAGUAAUGUGCCAUAAUCAAGCAUUUGUUUUAUAUACAAAAAUAAAAAAUGAAUUUUUACCACAUUCUGAAAUACUUUAUCAACUUAAAAAAAUUUUAGAUUACUCACAAAAUAGGCCAACAGCAACACCAGUUGGUGUUAUGACUGCAGGUAAUCGUGAUAAAGCAGCAAAAAUAUGGGAAAAUCUUAAAAAAAAACCAUUAAAUAAUAGAUCAUUAGAAUGGAUGAAAUCUGCUACAUUUGUAUUAUGUCUUGAUUUUGUUAAAAAUUUAAAUUCAAAUACUAAAUUUGAUAAUUAUGAAGAUUAUUUAGCAUAUCGUGGUCAUCAUAUUUUACAUGGAUUUGGUUCAUUAGGUGUAGGAUUAAAUCGUUGGUAUAAUAGUACAAUUCAAAUUGUUGUAUCUGAUACAGGAACAAAUGGAUUAUUAAUAGAACAUUCAGUAGCAGAAGGAAUAGUAAUAAUUAAUAUGGCAGAACAUGUUCAAAAAUAUGUUGAAAAAAAUAUUAAUCGUUCAAAUAUAAUAUCUCCAAAAAAUAUGUAUGAUCCCAAACCAUUAACAUGGUCUAUAGAUGGAGAAACCGCAAAUUUGAUGAUUUCAUGUCAAAAAGAAUUUAAUAGACUUUCAGAUGCUUUAGAAUUAAAUAUUCUUUAUUUUGAUGAAUAUGGAAAAGAAUUUAUUAAAUCAAAAAAUAUAUCUCCGGAUGGCUUUUGUCAAUUAAUAAUGCAAUUGGCUCAUUAUACUGCUCAUAGUAAACUUGUUUCAACGUAUGAAUCAGCUUCAAUAAGAAGAUUUAAAUAUGGUCGUGUUGAUAAUAUAAGAGCAGCAACACCUGAAGUAUUAAAAUGGGUCAAAUCUAUGACAACAUCAUACAAUGAAUAUACUGAUAAUGAUAGGAAAGAUUUAUUUUAUAAUGCUGCUAAAAAGCAAGCUUUAAUUACAAAAGAGAAUAUUCAUGGCGAAGGCAUUGAUAAUCAUUUAUGUGCAUUAAAUGUAUUAGCUAAAGAAAAUUUAAGCCACAUUCCAAAGAUAUUUGAAGAAAAAACAUGGAAUGAAACAAUGAGAUUUCCUUUAUCAACGUCACAAGUAACAACAGUACAAAUAACAAAUGAUACGUAUUUAUGUUAUGGAGCAGUAGUUGAUGAUGGAUAUGGAUGCUCAUAUAAUUUACAAAAAAAUUUUAUUGUUUUUGCGUCAUCAUGUUAUAAAUUUAAUGAUAGAACAAAUGGAAAAUUUUUUAAAAAAUGUUUAAGAGAUAGUUUAAGAAUAGUAGCAAAUCUACUCAAAAAUUGA